CUGUACACAGGUCCUGUGGUAUUGAAAAAUGUGUUGUCCCCUGAAAAAUACAAACAUUUCUUGUCCUUGACCGUAUCCAUGUCGAUAAUGCUGGAGUCAGAUGAGCGGAUUCGAAAUGCCUAUCUCCAAUAUGCUCAAGAGCUAAUCAAACAUUUUGUCAUGUGCUGUGCUGACCUGUUUGGCAAGACCUUUCCUGUAUACAAUGUACAUGGACUAAUUCAUCUCCAAGAGGAUGCCAGCCACUUCAACUGUUCCUUGAAUGACAUUUCUUGUUUUCCAUUUGAGAACUACCUACAACAAGUCAAGAAACAUGUGAGGAGCGGGAGAAGUCCCUUAGAACAAGUAACCAGACGUUUGGCUGAAAUCGAGCAUUUAGAAGUGGACAAUAGCCAGAGACACCCUAAAGUGUUUGCCUCUGUUAAAAAUAAGGACAUUUGUUUUCUUUUGAGGGACAACAGCUUUGCUUUUGUUCGACAGAAAAAUGCAGACGGGACUUUUGCUUGUGAAAUUCUGCGCCAGCAUCACACUUCACUAUUAUUUCACCAACCGUGUAGCUCUGGACUUCUGAACAUAGUGUGCAUAGGAAAUGGUCAUGUCAGGAUGAAAAACGCACUACUGCAAGAAAGGGAUCUGUUCCGGAAGGUGGCCUGCCUCCCACAAGAAGCUGGUGGUUUUGUCCUCAUACCCCUUCGCCAUGGUCAGGAACACACAUAUUAAGGUCAUGUACACGUGGGCUGUUUGGAGGGAGGGUACCCAAGAGGAGGAGGGUGUAGUUUCUGACAUUUGGAUCAACAGAGAAAAGAAGACCGUCAGAUGGCCACGUAAAAUGAGCGCAACAAAUACUGAAAAAGGACAAAAUUAAACCCCAGGAUGAUUGGAUGACAUUUUCAUUAAUAAAGAUAAAAAUUACUUCAGGCAAGUGUAAUUUGUUUGUUUGUUGUAAGAUGAAUCGUCUAACUUUUAGAUAAGCGUCGUGAAUGUGACACCUACAACUUGACCAGCCAGGCAGAGGAGGACGACAAUGAGGUGAUUAAAUUAACGAGGAAGCGCACUAAAAAAGGAAUCCCGGAGGAUUUUGUUAGAAGUGGAUUAACGGAUUCGAAUGAGGAGAGUGUCAUGGCCGUCAAACUACCCACUUUCCCUACUGCACCAAGGAAGCUGCAGCCCAUUGAGGACACAAACAUGUUGCUCAAUACUUCCCAUGAAGAUGGAGUGGAGAGUGGCCAAGUGGAGAGUGCGGACAGUCCCUGGGAGAUGUCCACUCCUAGAUCUCGACAUGCAGCAAGAGGUCAUGCGAGGGAUGGCUAUCGCUCCAGUCAGGUCCAGACAUGACGGGUCACGGCACAGGUUCAGACAAGAUGACCGAUCCCGUGGUGAUGCCCCCAGUCCUUCAGCCAGGCCCCGGCAAGAUGACCGAUCCCGUGGUGAUGCCCCCAGUCCCAGGUCCAGACGUGACAGAUUACGGCAUGAUGCAGUGACUGAGACUGGGAGAUGGGCCUUCCCAUUGCCUUGGGAUGGCCUGGAGCCUGAGGCUGGGGAGCGAUCUUCAUUCUCCUGUCAACUGCUUUUAGGGGGUUUACCACUUACUCUGAGCCAACUUACCCAGGAGUACACUGAACCGUAGCGACCUUUUGACAUUACUGUGGCAAUUAAGGUAUAUAAAUCCAGAGUUAUCCACCUGGCUACCUCAGCCAAACGAAGAAACAUUCUUCUGAACAUAGAACCUGAAUGUGCUUUGCACACUUCAUCAUGUGGUGGAAACAGACGAGGGUUCCUUCACCCCACAAUGGGAAAUUUCUGCCUGAGGCUUUGUGAACUUGUGCUGAACUUAUCUCUUGUAGUUGUAAGAAAAGGAUGUCAGGAUCCUGCCUGAGCUGACCAAAGAUCUGGCCUGGACUGCCUAUAUGCCACCCUGGUGGUCAUUUUGUUAUGUGCUUGUUGCUGUUCCCCAUGUGCUCUGUGUUUACCUAACUUCUGUCAUGUGACUGUCUCCACCCCUUUCCUUAUUUGGUCCUUAUUUGCACUUCUUGUCUUGUUAGUUUCCCUCCAUUUCUGCUCUCACCUGUUCCCCAUUAUUAGUCUUGUGGUCUCGUCCAGUCCUCUGUCACUCUGUUAAUUGGUCUGUGUAUUUCUACAUACAUUUUGGAUUGUCUGCUUUUCUAUGUUGUCUGGAAUCUGUCUACACCCCCACGCCAGUCCCUUGGGAGUUUGUGUCUGUCUGCUGUCCUGAUUGUGUCAUUAGUAAAGUGUGUUUGUCUGUACCCCUGCAUCUUUGAGUCUUGCAAUUGAGUCCUGUCCUGCCAUCCCUGACAAAGGAUGCCACAAAUGGUGUAAAUGCAAUAGCCAAUCAGAAAUGCACUUAUCUCUGUUUCCGGGAUGGUGAAUUUGACUAAAUCAGUUAUUUUAUUUUUUUUGUUGUUGAAAAUGAUGGUUUCUUGGAUUGGGUUAAUUUGUAAUGUUAGUAUAUAUGGAUAAGUUUAAAA